CGACGAAGACAGUAUUUAAAGAGUUCACAGAAGAAACCAUAGAAGUGGGACAAGAAAUAGAAGGGAAAAGAUGCUAGUCGGAACUUACUUUUACAAUCUAGGAUUGGUCACGCUUCUAUUGCUUGUGGCGAGGGUAUCAUCUUUCGGAACUCUAAAAAAUCAGGGGCAAUUGCGAUAUGGGUUUAGCUCGCGGCUAGGCAUGUUCUUUGCUGACGAGUUAGCUCCCGAGGAAAAAUUAAACCCAACUACUACCGAGAAUACGGGCAGUAACGAAGAAGUGGCGGCAAAAGAAAACUUUCCUCCUCUUCCUGUGCAACUGGUUAUUUCAGAUAGCGAAGGAUUCCUGAACGCAGCCGGAGCAUUUUUGGUCGACUCGUUUUGGUUGGGUUCGGAUCAUCACAAGUUGAAGAAAGACGUGGAAAUGAGUACCGAUGCACGCAUGAACUUGAUCAUUGAGCAAGCCGCAGAUCUGCAAGAGAAAUAUGGCGAGAGAAUGGGCAGGAGGUCUGCAAAAGCCUGCGUUGUAGGUGCAUUGGACGAAGAAACAAAAGAGUUGGUAGGUUUGGCCACUCUGAAGGAGACUCUGAUGAUGAACACUGAAAUUUUAGAACCAGAAAAAGCAGAAGCCAUUGCCAAAAACGCUGUUGCCGCUCUCGGGCCAAAGCAAAGACGCGAGUACAAAAAUGCACCCAUAGCUAAAAUUGCGGAAGAACUGUUAUCUCCCGAUACGAAAGCCGUCUGUGUUCUGUCCAAUCUUGCUGUCGGCAAAAAGGCAAGGAGAAGGGGCGUCGCUCAAGCGCUCUGUGACGAACUUGACGCCCUUGCCAACGAUUGGAACUUUGAUGAGAUUCAUCUCCUGGUAGAAAGUGAGAACACUGCUGCUCGAACUCUGUACGAGAAAAAGCUUGGGUACAAUCUCGUGUCCACAAAUGUGGCCGCCGCAGCUCUCCGUGUCGAUUUUGAGACUGGAGCUUUUGUUCAAAUCAAACAAGAUACGCUUGUUAUGGCAAAGCAGCUGUAAUGCUUUGAUGGAUGCGAAUAAAGUCAAUUUCAAUCA